UAUUCUUAGAAUAAGGAGCAACUACAUAGCAACGCUGACAUAUGCGUGCUCACUUGAACGUAGUUUAAAAUUAUAAUAGCCAUAAAUUCUCCUGGAAACAUCAUUGAGCCGGCGACUACCUAACCAAACAAACAACAAAUUGAGGUGAACUCAGUCAGCCGGCACGCGGCAACACGAUCGCGCGUAUAAUCUGUGGCAAUUUAAAAAACAUUCUCCAACAUUGUUUUUUAAAAGAAAGCAACAUCAAACUAACAAGGUUUUAUAUCAUCUACAAGAAAUACUAAAAUUAUUUUCCUGAAACAUGGGCAGAGUAAGAGUAGCUGAGGCCCAGCGGUUCAUGUCAGACUGCCUGAAGGCUGUCGGCACCGCGAGCAAGGCAGCUGACCUGCAAGCUGCGUUACUCAUCCAGGCUGAUAAGUUUGGACACCCUAGUCAUGGUCUUAACAGAUUAGAAAUGUAUGUCAACGAUAUUUUAAGUGGGGCCUGCAAGCCUAACAACCAGCCAAAGAUUCUGAAGGAAUCCCAGUCGACAGCGUGGGUCGAUGCCAACAACGUGCUCGGUGCUACUGCCAGCCAGUUCGCCAUGGACAUAGCCAUCAAAAAGGCCCAAGAGACCGGUGUAGGAUGGGUGUCUGUGAAAGGUUCAAAUCACAAUGGCAUGGCUGGUUUCUGGUCCCAAAUGGCAGCAGAUAAAGGUCUAAUUGGAAUGGCUUUCACCAACACUUCACCAUUAUUAGCCCCAGCUAGGAGUAAACAAGCAGCUUUAGGCACCAACCCUCUAUCAGUAGUUGCACCAGCCUCAAAGGGAGAGUCCUUCUACCUGGACAUGGCUACGACUGCAGUCGCCGUGGGCAAGAUUGAAAUGCAACUUCGUAAAGGAGAACCGAUACCCCACGGCUGGGCACAAGGACCUGAUGGGAAUGAAACUACGAAUGCUCAAGUGGCCUUUGAUACGAAGUGCCUCAUGCCCUUGGGUGGUAAUGAAACGACAUCUGGCUACAAAGGGUAUGGGCUAGCAGCUAUGGUGGAGCUGUUCUGUGGAAUAUUGUCAGGUGCUAACUACGGGCACCAUGUGCGAUCAUGGUCCCACGCGGGCGACGGUGGGCCAGCCAACUUGGGACACUGCUUCGUAGCUGUCGAUCCUGAACGGUUCGCGCCUGGCUUCGGAGACCGUCUAGCUGACUGCAUACAACAUUGGCGACAGUUGGAACCAACUGAUCCUAAUCUGGCCGUGAUGGCACCAGGUGACAAGGAGAAGAAGGCGGCAGCGGAAGCGGAAGCCAGUGGGACAGUGUCAUACGUUCAACAACAGAUCGAGUCCAGCGCAGCGCUUGCGGAGAAACUUAAAGUUAAACCAAUGGAAGUUGAAGUUGUUUGUCAAUAGUAGGUGUGAAAUGAGGGCUACCGUUUGUACCUAUUGCUCGACAGAUGGUACUAGUAUACAAUGUGUUGGGUUAAACAACGGGCAUACCUAUUGAAGGAACUGAUUUUUGGUGCUUUUUAUAUGGGACCAACAUCCAAACGUCAAAAAUUUUAUUUCCUUACAAUACACAUUGCAACAGCUGAUUGAUCAUUUUGCAUGGAGAAGUAAA